AUGGAUGGCGAUAUUGUGUCUACUACGCUGUUGCUGUGUUUGGACGAAGCGGUCACCAACCACGACAAGGAGGUUGCGGAAGCUCAGCAGGAGGUCUUCCAGCUCCUGAUUGAAGAGACCUGGAAGGUGGCAAUGCGCUUGCAGCACUACCUGACGGUACGGUGCCUUGGUAGGCCUACUGAGUCAGCUUGGAUGGCGCUAUACGCGUUUGGCGACGACAGGAACUUUUUAAACACUACGAGUUUGACGAGGCACGUGGCUACGGGAAAAACUAUGGAGAUCGAGGUUACGGAGAUCGAGGUGUAA